AAACUGAACAUCUACCGAUUAAAAAGAGUAGAAACAGAAAAGAUGGAGAGAUUCCGCUAUAAAAAGCACAUAAAAAAUUGUGAAAACAAAAAAAUAAUAAUCCAAAGGUCUGUCUGUGUCAGCUUCUCUUCAUCUGUCUCCGAUCAACCUCACCGUUUGUUUUUUUCCGUCACCAUUUUUACUGCAGCCUUUUGGUUUUCAUUAUGAAGGCACUCAUCCUUGUAGGAGGUUUUGGAACAAGGCUGAGGCCACUGACCCUCAGUGUGCCAAAGCCCCUAGUUGACUUUGCUAACAAACCCAUGAUACUCCAUCAGAUUGAAGCACUAAAAGCCAUCGGAGUGACCGAAGUAGUUUUGGCAAUUAACUAUCAACCAAAGAUAAUGCAAAAUUUCCUGAAAGAGUUUGAGAAAAAGUUAGAUCUGAAGAUCACUUGCUCGCAAGAGACAGAGCCUUUGGGUACAGCAGGGCCACUGGCUUUAGCUCGUGAUGUACUAAGAGAUGACUCUGGGGAGCCCUUUUUCGUCCUCAAUAGUGAUGUCAUAUGUGACUACCCAUUGAAAGAAAUGAUUGAGUUUCACAAGUCCCAUGGUGGUGAAGCUUCCAUUAUGGUUACAAAGGUUGAUGAACCAUCAAAAUAUGGUGUAGUGGUCAUGGAAGAAGUGACGGGGAGAGUUGAAAAAUUUGUGGAAAAACCCAAAGUAUUUGUGGGUAACAAGAUCAAUGCUGGAAUUUACUUGUUGAACCCUUCUGUUUUGGAUCGGAUUCAGUUGAGACCAACCUCAAUCGAGAAGGAAGUCUUCCCCUGCAUUGCAGCAGAGAAGAAGCUCCAUGCCAUGGUCCUACCAGGCUUCUGGAUGGACAUUGGUCAGCCGAGGGAUUACAUUAAAGGCUUGAGACUAUACCUGGAUUCCUUGAGGAAAAAGUCAUCACCUGAUCUGGCUGUUGGACGGCAUAUUCUUGGAAACGUAUUACUAGACGAGAGUGCUGUAAUAGGCGAUGGAUGUCUUAUCGGUCCAGAUGUGGCUAUUGGACCUGGAUGUGUUAUUGAAUCAGGAGUUAGGCUUUCACGUUGUAGUAUAAUGCGUGGUGUACGAAUUAAGAAGCAUGCCUGCAUCUCAAGUAGCAUUGUUGGAUGGCACUCAACUGUUGGUCGGUGGGCUCGGGUAGAGAACAUGUCAAUCUUGGGAGAAGAUGUUCAUGUUGGAGAUGAAGUCUACAGCAACGGAGGUGUUGUUCUACCCCAUAAAGACAUACAAUCCAGCAUUCUGGAGCCAGAGAUUGUCAUGUAACAUUGUGGUAUGAUGUGGUUACAUUCUAUAAAAUAAAGCAAUAUCUGUUCUCAGAAAAUAUUCUUAGAUUUCCAGUUGUGUUGUCAUUUCAAUCAUCAGAAAUGUGCAAGUUAGAAAACUUAGGUCUCUCUGUAUUUUGAAAUAAUGGUUAGGGCCCUGAUCUAUUCAAGGUUUUGCAGUUGUCAAUCA